UCGCGUGGAAUUCAUUCCAGACCAAGCGUCGUGAGUGGGUAGGCGGACUUGCCCACGCCCCAAAAGUCCACCCCUCGGCGAGCCUCUGAAGACCAAGCGGUAAUUAUUGCAGACUUCCCCGCAAAGGGCAUUCUUCUUUUGCUCUCAGAUUUAGCGAAGAACUGAAGACAUUGCAAGGAAAGGCAACAGGACACAAGAACCUUCUCUUCAGAUUUUGUUCUCUCGAUCUCCCUCUCUCUCUCUCUCCGUCCCUUCACCCUUACCCCUUUCUUGAAUUCAGUGGCCUGUCGUCGUCCAACUCGGUCUCUUCGCCCUCUUAAAAUAAACCAUGUUCCAGGCUUGAAGACAGAUAAAGAAAGAUAUACAGUAGGUGGGUUAUCUUUUCUGCUUUUGUGCGGUUGCUCAAGGAAGAAACAUUCCCAUUUCACACUUCCGUCGAUUGGGUUCCUCUGGAGUUGCAGAUGUUCUGUUAAGCCUGAUGAUGCCAAAGUUGCUAUGUUAAGAAGUUCUACAGGAUUCAGUUGUAGAGGAUAAGUUUUGCAACAAAUUAUCUUCUUGUUGUAGAGGAUAAGCUUCAUAGACAGGGAUGGCAUGCGGAUAUGCUUUAAUAUUCACCUGGGCUUGCCACUGCUGUGAGCGCUUCAGUUGAUAUUAUAAAGAUGGAGGUCUCUCUUGCUCUUUUGGCUUUGGCGUGCUUGCAGUCUUUUGUCUUAUCUGAUUUGCAAGGAGAUGCACUUUACUCAUUGAGAUAUUCAUUAAAUGCAUCAAGCAGUCAGCUCACAGACUGGAAUCCAAAUCAAGUUAAUCCUUGCACUUGGUCUAAUGUCAUUUGUGAUCCAAAUAACAACGUCAUUUCUUUAACAUUGUCAUCAAUGAACUUUUCAGGUACAUUGUCCCCCAAAAUUGAACAGCUGAAGACACUCACUACACUUACAUUGCAAGGGAAUGGCAUAACUGGUGAGAUACCUGAAGAGUUUGGAAAUUUGACAAGUUUGACCAACUUGGAUCUGGAGAACAAUCGUUUGACUGGUCAAAUACCAUCUUCCCUUGGGAAUCUACAAAAGCUUCAAUUUUUCAGGUCUUUAAGUCAAAAUAAUCUCAGCGGAACCAUUCCUGUGUUACUUUCUGCUCUUCCUAACUUGAUCAAUCUCCAGCUUGCCUCCAACAACCUUCAAGGGCAAAUUCCUGCUCACUUAUUUCAAGUUCCGAAAUACAACUUUUCUGCAAACAACUUGAAUUGUGGCAUUAAUCAACCGCAUUCAUGUGCCUCUGAUAGUGGUGAUUCAGGUGCUUCGCAUAAACCGAAAGUUGGAAUUAUAGUUGGUAUAGUUGGAGGGCUUUUUAUUCUCCUCCUUGUCAUUCUGGUGUUUAUUCUAUAUAAGGGUCGACUCAAAGGCUAUAAACGUGAAGUAUUUGUAGAUGUCGCAGGUGAAGUAGACCGGAGAAUUGCAUUUGGCCAGUUAAAACGAUUUUCAUGGAGGGAAUUGCAGCUUGCAACAGACAACUUCAAUGAGAAAAAUGUCCUUGGUCAGGGAGGUUUCGGGAAAGUCUACAAAGGAGUGCUCGCUGAUAAUAUGAAAAUUGCCGUGAAGCGAUUAACUGAUUUCGAGAGUCCUGGCGGAGAUGCAGCUUUUCAACGUGAAGUCGAAAUGAUAAGUGUUGCAGUUCAUAGGAAUCUUUUGAGGUUGAUUGGAUUUUGCACAACACCUACAGAGCGCUUGCUGGUGUAUCCCUUCAUGCAAAACUUAAGUGUUGCCUAUCGGCUUCGAGAGAUCAAGCCUGGAGAGCCUGUUUUGGAUUGGCCCAGAAGAAAACGGGUAGCUUUAGGUGCUGCACGUGGUCUGGAGUAUCUUCACGAACAUUGUAAUCCUAAGAUUAUUCAUCGGGACGUAAAAGCCGCUAAUGUUUUGCUCGAUGAGGAUUUUGAAGCCGUUGUGGGUGAUUUCGGCCUUGCAAAAUUAGUUGACGUGAGACAGACUAAUGUUACAACUCAAGUUCGUGGGACAAUGGGCCAUAUUGCGCCAGAAUAUUUGUCAACUGGGAAGUCCUCAGAGAGGACUGAUGUUUUUGGUUAUGGAAUUAUGCUUUUAGAGCUGGUAACAGGUCAACGUGCAAUUGACUUCUCACGUCUAGAAGAAGAAGAUGAUGUGCUACUGCUUGAUCAUGUCAAGAAGCUGGAGAGGGAGAAACGGCUUGAUGCUAUCGUAGACCGUAACUUAGGUAGGAACUACAACAUGCAAGAGGUGGAGAUGAUGAUACAAGUGGCUCUUCUUUGUACCCAAGCAUCACCGGAGGAACGUCCGGCGAUGUCGGACGUUGUCCGGAUGCUGGAAGGCGAAGGGCUGGCCGAGAGGUGGGAGGAGUGGCAGAACGUCGAAGUCACUCGAAGGCAAGAAUAUGAGAGGCUGCAGAGAAGGUUCGACUGGGGAGAAGACUCCAUGAAUAAUCAAGACGCAAUUCAGCUAUCUGGUGGAAGAUGAGACUGAAGUGUUCUUUACACUUCUAUCGAUAGCAUCCCGUUUUCUUUUCCUAGUCGUGCUUCCACAAUUUCUUGUUUCAUUGUAUUUGCAAUUUACAGACAGAAGAAUCGGCCAAUAGCAGAUUCUGAGUCGAAGUUUUGCUUGCCCAAUGUUUUCUUCUUUUUUGUGUUUCUGUGCUGGUAUCUUUAUGUCAUUGACAAUGCUAAGGUAUAGUAAAUUUUCUAUAUGAAUGAUAGUACUCUGCAAUAUUUCUGU